AGGUCUGUGUGAGCAGUAGACAGGAACAGGACAGACGGAGCGGAGUGUGUGUGUCGCUUACAAACACAAACAGAAAACAACAACCGCAAACACGAAUAAAAUAAACAUCAUAACCUGGCUUUAGGACUAGAAGCCGAUCUGUGGAACUUACUGGACUGGACUGGACAGCGGAUCUGAAGAGUUGGUCUGCAAAGCGGAGUGGAGAAGUGAAGUGAAGCGAAGCAGGAGGUUACUGGAUAUUUCCUGAACACCACCACAUCCUACACAAGCUACAGUUAAUUAAACCCUCGCACCCUUUUCUUCUUUUAUUACGUUUGGAUUUCUAAGAUCGGCGCUGCGCGUGGCUCACCCGAAUGCCCAGCGUACUCUGCGUAACGACACGUCUGUGGAAAAGCUGCAGUCUCCUCGGUGUCGUCUGUUCGAGCGUACUCUGAGUUGAUGAACUGGAAAAUCGUCAGAUUUGUGAAGGAUCGGAUUGUACUUCGUUUCCAAUACUCGGGGUCUCUGACGUGAUACCGGCCUACGAGUGACUACAGCUAAAGAUGAUGUCAAGUUUCAUUUUCGCUCUGCUGUCACCUGCUAUGGCCCAAAGUAUGAGCUGCUGAAAACUAAAGCAAUGCCUAUGACACCGUAGCACCAGGCGCGCGCGGUUUUUGUGAUGUGACGCGUCGGCCCCCUUUUUGUUUUUUUUUCACCUUGAUCUCGCACCCUCACUGUUUUAAUGAGGUGAACAUAAUUUUUGCUCGUGACUCUCUUCGACGAAGCGUUGUGUGGUUGCAGCCCCACGCUCUUUCUUCUUUUCCUGUGUGUGUGCAUCCUCGACUUACGAUGAGUUUGUGAAAGGAGUUUUUGAGCUUCAAAGCAAGCACAACGUGCUGCUUUUACAGCCUUCCAGAUACAAAGACUGGUUUUGGGAUUUUUUUUUUCUUUUCUUUUCUUUCUUCCAUGUCAUUUUAUCAAUGCACUCUGUAAUGAAAUGAAUUGAGGCUGUCCUGGAGAGUCACUCAGGCAUCACAGCUUGCUUUCUACAUCUUGUACUUCCACCACCAUCGAUCAAAAGCGCUCCUUCUCGGCCGCUGACCACUACAGCCGUGUUUUUUUCCUUUUCUUUUUUUUUUUUUUUUUUUACAUUACGUGGGAUAUCCUGACACCAAAUCGAGGUGACCUCACUUACUGCACCAUCCUGGAGGCUGGAAUUUGUUUGUGGCGAGCGUGUGUUGUACUUUGGCUGCCGUUCGGUCGCACACCUCGAGCUGCGUGAGUGGACCGGUGUGAUCGUGUGCAGGGAGAAAGCCAAGCACAGGCCGCUGGACUACAGAGCUCACGACUCUGGGUUCAGGCCAUGAGGUUUCAUGCCUCGAUCCACUGACGGGAGACACUGGACCUAAAUGGCGCAGCAUGACUUUGUUCCAGCCUGGCUUAACUUCUCCACGCCUCAGCCUGCCAAGUCCCCUGCAGCCCCUCUUGAGAAACAUGGUGAGCACUGUGCUCGUGGAGACGGUCGGCCGGGAGUGAGCCGUCGCAGACACAACUCCUCUGACGGCUUCUUCAACAACGAUCUGCUCCGCGCUCCAUCGGGUGAUGGGUGGCUCCAGCCGUCUUUGCUGAGGCAUGACUCUGUAGACUCUGGUGUCGCUAAGGGCAAUCAGGGAGGUUUGGGAAGCGGACAUGGCUGGAAGGAGACCCCCAGCUGGCAUGGGGCCCCACGCGGCCAAGAGGGCCCUCACCACCACCACGGGCGCCAUGCCAAACGCGGCGGCGGCGACCGGGACAGGCAGGGUGCCCAUCGGCAGCGCAACGGCAACUUCCAUCCACGCAAAGGUGGCGCUCCCUUCCAGGACCGUUACUCUGAUGAGGAGCGCAAUGACGACAAGCUUAAGUUUGUUGAAGAGGAUUUUCCCUCUCUGAAUCCAGAGACGACUGGAAAGCCGGUGAGUCAGGCUCGUGCUGUGGGAACUCCAGCAGGCGUGUGGGAGAAUCCUCCCAGCGCUAAGCAGGCUAUGUCUAAGAUGCUGGUCAUUAAGAAAGUGUCUAAGGAGGACCCCAGUGCUGCAUUCUCCGCUGGUUUCGCCAGUGCCGGCCCUCUGCCUACCAACGGCUCCAAAGUCCCCAUCACUGGACCCAGUGUCUACAAGAACCUGGUUCCCAAACCUGCGACUGCCCCAACUAAAACUGGCCCUUGGAAACCCAGUGGAAGGGAAACUAAAGUAGGUUUGCAUUUCUCCGGUCGGGAUUCAGCCUUCACCAGCCCUGUGUCUGUGACCAAACCUCUGACCCCGGUCAACGCACCACCCCAUGGCACUCCUAAAGAGCCACCAUCCAGCACUACUCCCCCCAUAGACAUCACUCCUCCUCGGCUGAAGCUGAUGCGGCGUGGCACAGACCGUAAGAGCGAGUUCCUGCGUGGACUGAAGGACGAGAGGAAUGGAGAGGUGAGCAGCUGCCACAGCCCUGGAGCUCCAACAGAGGGAGAGAGCAGUACUCCUGAGCCUAAAGAGUAUGGGGAAAGCCACGAGAACGGCAUGUCUCACUCUCUUAGUGACUCAGACACUGAGCACCUAUCCAGCUCACUGGAGGCUGAACACCGGCUGCUGAAAGCCAUGGGCUGGCAGGAAUAUCCGGAAAAUGACGACUUCCAGCCCCUCACAGAGGACGAGCUCAAAGAGUUCCAGGCUAAGACUGAGCAGAUGAAGAAGAAUGGGUUGGGCCGUAACGGUGUUCUCCCAAAGCCACGUGCUGUGGCGCUCCUGUCCUGGAGGAACUCCACCAACACCGGUCUGGAUGAAGGCUCCGAGUCUGAGACCAGCAGUAGCAGCCAGACUUCGGAUGACGAGGACACCUAACGUGGCUUUAAAUCUCUCCUCUGUCCUCUUCCUCAAUCACUCUCACUCGCUUUCUGUCCGUCUCUCUCUUACCUUACAUUUCAAUCGAAAAAGAGUGAAAAUGAGUGAAUUCUGUUGUUUCCAUGGACAAGAGCCAUCAGUCAUCUCCCAGUGCGAGAACACUGAAGAGACAUUUAAUGGGAAAUUAGUUUUUUCUUUCUUCCUUUUCCUGAUCUCAUGGUUUUCCUUUUUUUUCCCUCUCUUCCCAGACUAGAAAUGUCUAUCUAAAGCCACAUUUACACACACACACACACACACACUCUCUUGCACACACACUCAGACUCUCUCUCUCACACAUGCGCACACACACACACACACACACACACACACACACACACGCAUCCCCCAACCAGAUUUUCUUUUGUUUGUUUUUGCUUGGGAAAAAGAAAAGACUAACUCAUAAUAACACCAAUUAUAACCGUGACUUAACGUGGAAUAUGACUUCAUCUGAAUGUUAUAUAAAAAUGGCUUUGACACCUUUCUCAAAUAUAUUUUUUUUCCUUUUUGCGAAAACAAUUCGUAGCAUUAGUGUUAAGAUGAAACAAUCAUUGUGAGCCACUAACAGCGGCGUUGCUCCCAGUCCCUCAUUGAAAUGAACACAAGCCAGCAAGAAAGCACUAAAACAAAACCUAACAGAAGUCUAUUUUAUUUUUCUUAUUUUUAUGGUUUUGGUAGUACAGUUUGGCAGCUACGAUCCGAGCGCUUUUUUUUUUCUUCUUUUUUUCUUUUCUCUUUUUUCUUCUCGUGUGUUCGACUCAAACUGUACCGGUUCCUCUGUUCUCAUCCUGCUUUAUUUUGAACUAAAUGUGAGCAAGCCUGUGAAUGUACGACGGAAGUGACACGUCAGAUUCGAUAUGUAGCUUUACAUGAUUUUAUUGCCUUGCAUUGGAACACGAAAAAGAUUUCAUUAUGAAAAGGCAGUAAGUAAUAGAGGAAAGCUUUACCGACCAAUGGGUUUCCUUUCACCCUCAUAAAUGCACAUAAACUUCAUUCGAUGGACAAAAGUUCUAUGAUUUGGUUCUCGCAGAAUUUCUCAAUCAAAUUUAUUCUUGUUCUAUGACAAGAUCAUUUUCAAAGAAAUAUGGUUAAUGUUCUCUUAAAGCCAUGACAUUGAGAUUAAGCAUCUUACAAUCCAACCAUGAUGUUUCAUAAAUUUUACUGGUUGCCGUUGAAAAAAAAAAAAAAAAAAAGAAAGAAAUCAGUAAGUAAAUACUGACUUUAAAUAUAUUUAGGGGAAAAUGACGCAUUGUCAAGCACAUUUUGAAUCCACUGGCAAGAAACGAAUAUGUAGUGAGCGAUUGGCUUGUUAGGAAAGAGCAUUUAUUCUAUAGAGCUUUCCUUUUAGCUCUGACUUGUAAAAACAAGUUCGGUUCACAAACUCGUUUACGAGAACUCUAGAUCGCUCCUCUGUCCGUGCAGCUGAUAGAACAGUAGAUGCCCAUCUGCAAAUGUUCUGUAUUUCAUGAGGGACUGCUGGUGGAAAUUAUGCAUCUCCAUUUUUUUGUACCUUGUUUUUGCUGAUAGGGUAUAAAAAGGCUUUAUUACAGAUUUAAGUUUCUUUUUUUAUGUUGGUACAGCUGUAAAAAAUCCCACAUAAAUAGUUUUUUUUCCUUCUUCUUUUGUUUGCAUUAUGUUGUUCCUGCAGCCUUGAUAUUCAGGGUGGAUUGUAAAAAAAAAAUAUAAGAAUAAAAAUUGUGAGUUUUGGAAGAU